AUGGCAACUGGCAGUUCGGGUGAUAGCUACUAUUGCCACUCUUGCGAGGCUGAGGUCGUCCCAAACUUGCAGGACUUUACAUGCUCGGCGUGCCACUCAGGUUUCAUUGAAGCAAUCAGCCCAGGAAGUGGUUUAUCAUCGAAUCAAACAGAAUUAGAUGCAAUGCAGAUGAUAGGUCAGCUAUUUGGAGGUUCUCUUAGCGACAAUAUUGUUCGCUAUUUUGCAGCACCUAGGGAUGACCUUAGUUCAACAGAUGAUGAGUCAUUAGAAAGGGAAAAUUUAGCUAGAAGGUCGCGACGAUCGACAAGAAGUUCAAAUAAUAGGUCGACACGAGAACGUGUGUAUACUCGUGUUCCGGAUGGUCGCCAUGCUUUUUCUACUCGCAUCCAGUUAUCAAGUGUGGAUCAUCCAUUCAGAUUGCCAUUCUUAUCAAACUUUGCCUCAACUGAUGGAGAUGUGCAAAAUUUUGUCUUUAAUAGAGCUAUGCUUGAUCAGUUUAUCACUGUGAUAAUGAAUGAGUUACAAGUGGGUCCACCACCUGCCCCAGAAUCAGCCAUUGCAGACUUACCUACAAAUGUUUUGACUGAAGAACAAGCAUUAAAGUUGGGUAUUUGUUCAAUAUGCUUUGAUGAUUUCAAAGAAUCCGAAUCAGUAAUCAGACUACCAUGUGCUCACACCUACCAUCAAACUUGUGUUACAACAUGGUUAAAACAGCAUGGAACUUGUCCAGUUUGUCGAAAGGAUUUAUCCGGACGUGAUACUUCACGAUAUGAAGAUCCACCUCCAAACUUAACAGGAAAUAGUAAUGGUUCAAGCUCUUCCAAUUCCUAG